AUGUCGCGCUCCGUGCUGCAGCCCAGUCAGCAGAAGCUGGCGGAGAAGCUCACCAUCCUCAACGAUCGGGGCGUCGGUAUGCUGACUCGCCUCUACAACAUCAAAAAGCAAGGACAAGUUUGGAAGGCAUGUGGAGAUCCCAAGGCAAAACCAUCCUACCUUAUUGACAAAAAUCUGGAAUCUGCUGUGAAAUUCAUAGUCAGAAAGUUCCCUGCUGUAGAAACUCGCAACAACAAUCAACAGCUUGCACAGCUACAGAAAGAAAAAUCAGAGAUUCUGAAAAAUCUGGCAUUAUACUACUUUACAUUUGUAGAUGUUAUGGAAUUUAAGGACCAUGUUUGUGAAUUGCUGAACACUAUUGAUGUUUGCCAAGUCUUCUUUGAUAUCACUGUAAACUUUGAUUUAACAAAGAACUACUUAGAUUUGAUUAUAACCUAUACAACACUAAUGAUACUACUGUCUCGAAUUGAAGAAAGGAAGGCAAUCAUUGGAUUAUACAACUAUGCUCAUGAAAUGACCCAUGGAGCCAGUGACCGAGAAUACCCACGCCUUGGUCAGAUGAUUGUGGAUUAUGAAAACCCUUUAAAAAAAAUGAUGGAAGAAUUUGUACCCCAUAGCAAGUCUCUUUCAGAUGCACUAAUUUCUCUCCAGAUGGUGUAUCCUCGAAGGAAUCUUUCAGCUGACCAGUGGAGAAAUGCCCAACUAUUGAGUCUCAUCAGUGCACCCAGUACAAUGCUUAAUCCUGCACAGUCUGACACCAUGCCUUGUGAAUAUCUCUCUUUGGAUGCAAUGGAAAAAUGGAUUAUCUUUGGCUUCAUUUUGUGCCAUGGGAUUCUAAAUACUGAUGCGACAGCACUGAACCUUUGGAAGCUAGCUCUUCAAAGUAGCUCUUGCCUCUCUCUCUUUCGGGAUGAAGUUUUCCACAUUCACAAAGCUGCAGAAGACUUAUUUGUAAACAUACGAGGCUAUAAUAAGCGUAUUAAUGACAUAAGAGAAUGCAAAGAGGCAGCUGUGUCACAUGCUGGUUCAAUGCACAGAGAAAGACGCAAAUUUUUAAGAUCUGCACUGAAAGAAUUGGCUACUGUCCUCUCUGAUCAACCUGGCUUGCUAGGUCCAAAGGCACUUUUUGUUUUUAUGGCAUUAUCCUUUGCCCGUGAUGAAAUUAUCUGGCUACUUCGUCAUGCAGAUAACAUGCCAAAGAAGAGUGCAGAUGACUUUAUAGAUAAGCACAUUGCUGAAUUAAUAUUUUACAUGGAAGAGCUUAGAGCACAUGUAAGGAAAUAUGGACCUGUAAUGCAGAGGUAUUAUGUGCAGUACCUCUCUGGCUUUGAUGCUGUUGUUCUCAAUGAACUUGUGCAGAAUCUUUCUGUUUGCCCUGAAGAUGAAUCAAUCAUCAUGUCCUCUUUUGUUAACACUAUGACUUCCCUGAGUGUAAAACAAGUUGAAGAUGGGGAAGUAUUUGAUUUCAGAGGAAUGAGAUUAGAUUGGUUUAGGUUACAGGCAUAUACUAGUGUUUCCAAGGCUUCACUUAGCCUUGCAGAUCACAGAGAACUUGGAAAGAUGAUGAAUACGAUAAUUUUUCAUACAAAAAUGGUAGAUUCCUUGGUGGAAAUGUUGGUGGAAACAUCAGAUCUCUCCAUAUUUUGUUUUUAUAGUCGUGCUUUUGAGAAGAUGUUUCAACAGUGUUUGGAGUUACCCUCUCAGUCAAGAUACUCAAUUGCGUUUCCACUGCUUUGCACUCAUUUUAUGAGUUGCACACAUGAACUAUGUCCAGAAGAGCGACAUCAUAUUGGAGAUCGCAGUCUUUCCUUAUGUAAUAUGUUCUUGGAUGAAAUGGCCAAACAAGCUCGAAAUCUCAUCACUGAUAUUUGCACAGAACAGUGUACUCUCAGUGACCAGUUGCUACCCAAGCAUUGUGCCAAAACCAUUAGUCAAGCAGUGAAUAAAAAGUCAAAAAAACAGACUGGUAAGAAAGGGGAACCUGAAAGGGAAAAACCAGGAGUUGAGAGUAUGAGGAAAAACAGACUGGUAGUGACCAACCUUGAUAAAUUGCACACUGCACUUUCUGAGUUGUGUUUCUCUAUAAAUUAUGUACCAAACAUGGUAGUUUGGGAACAUACCUUUACCCCACGAGAAUAUUUGACGUCUCAUCUGGAAAUCCGCUUUACUAAGUCAAUUGUUGGAAUGACUAUGUAUAAUCAAGCCACACAGGAAAUUGCAAAACCAUCAGAGCUUCUAACAAGUGUAAGAGCAUACAUGACUGUACUACAGUCGAUAGAAAACUAUGUGCAAAUUGAUAUUACAAGAGUGUUUAAUAAUGUUCUUCUUCAGCAAACACAACAUUUAGACAGUCAUGGAGAACCAACCAUUACAAGUCUAUACACAAAUUGGUAUUUGGAAACUUUGUUAAGACAAGUCAGCAAUGGUCAUAUAGCUUAUUUCCCUGCAAUGAAAGCAUUUGUGAACUUACCUACAGAAAAUGAAUUAACAUUCAAUGCAGAGGAAUAUUCUGACAUAUCAGAAAUGAGGUCGUUAUCAGAACUACUAGGCCCAUACGGUAUGAAGUUCCUAAGUGAGAGCCUUAUGUGGCAUAUCUCAUCACAAGUUGCUGAACUUAAGAAACUUGUGGUAGAGAAUGUUGAUGUGCUAACACAAAUGAGGACCAGCUUUGACAAACCAGAUCAGAUGGCUGCACUCUUUAAAAGAUUAUCAUCUGUUGACAGUGUCUUGAAGAGGAUGACAAUAAUUGGUGUAAUUUUGUCCUUCCGAUCAUUGGCACAAGAAGCACUUAGAGAUGUCUUAUCUUACCACAUUCCUUUUCUUGUAAGUUCAAUUGAAGAUUUCAAGGAUCACAUUCCAAGAGAAACUGAUAUGAAGGUUGCAAUGAAUGUAUAUGAGUUAUCAUCAGCUGCUGGAUUACCUUGUGAGAUUGAUCCUGCCUUGGUGGUAGCUCUCUCCUCACAAAAAUCAGAAAACAUAAGUCCAGAAGAAGAAUAUAAAAUUGCCUGCCUCCUUAUGGUCUUUGUGGCAGUUUCUUUGCCGACACUGGCUAGUAAUGUGAUGUCUCAGUAUAGCCCGGCUAUAGAAGGGCACUGCAACAACAUACAUUGCUUGGCUAAAGCCAUCAACCAGAUCGCUGCAGCUUUGUUUACAAUUCACAAAGGAAGCAUUGAAGACCGACUGAAAGAAUUUCUGGCGCUUGCAUCCUCCAGUCUACUGAAAAUUGGCCAGGAGACAGAUAAAACAACAACAAGAAAUAGAGAAUCUGUUUAUUUACUGCUAGAUAUGAUUGUGCAGGAAUCCCCAUUCCUGACAAUGGAUCUUUUGGAAUCUUGUUUUCCUUAUGUCUUGCUGAGAAAUGCAUACCACGCUGUCUACAAACAAAGUGUUACAUCUUCCGCAUAA